AUGGACGAGGCGCGAAGACUCGCCAUCGGCGCCGAGGUGUCUUCAUCGGACACGCAGCUCUCCGGCCAUGCUGCACGGAAGCUCACAUACUCUGUCACCACCGACGCACAGACCCGAAAGCUCACCGAGGUGAUUGCAGUCAAAGACGAAAAACUGUACGUCGUCUCGCUGAGCCACCCGUUCGACGAUUCGAGUGAGUCCGCCGCCGAAUCCGAAGCCCACGCCUACUUCUUUGGCCACAUUGUGCGACAGUUCGAGUUUAUCGACGAUUCGACCCCGUCCAAGGCUGAUCUGGCCCUCUACCAGAACCACACCACACACCCAAAGAUCGCGAUCGAGUACUCGGUGAACACGCACCAGAUCCAGCCGAACAUGGGCGGUCCCUUCGUGAUCUCCCUCGUGCACUUUGCCGACAAGAAGGCGGAGGACGCCAAGGGGAAGGGGAAGGCCAAGGCGCAGCCGCCAAGCGACCCCCAGUCGCCCAGCUCCAUGGUCGGCCUCAUCGUCGGCCCGCUCCCCGACACCGGAGACAAGGCCAUGUGGACCUUGGACAAGUUCGGUACGAUGAUCAAGAACCAGCUGCUUCAGCGG